AUGGAGCGUCAAAGAUCAAUAUUUACAAUCUUUCUAGGGUUUGUGUUGCUCGGUUUGUACCGAUCAGCAAUGGCUCGGUUCGUGGUGGAGAAGAACAGCUUGACAGUGACGUCUCCAGAUAGUAUUAAGGGCAAUCAUGACAGUGCCAUUGGCAACUUUGGGAUACCUUCGUACGGAGGUAGUAUGGCUGGGACUGUGGUGUACCCAAAAGAGAACCGCAAGGGUUGUAAAAGUUUUGACGAUUUUGGGAUUUCUUUUAAGUCCAAGUCUGGAGCUUUGCCCACUUUUCUUUUAGUUGAUCGUGGAGGUAAGGGUGAUUUGGUGAUCCUUGGAGGUAUCUUUUUGUUGGUUUUCAGUAAUUUAGUUGUUUCGUUUGCUCCUUUUGAGGUUAAUUGGUUAUUUUGGAGGUUAAUUGGUGGUCUUCGAGGUGCCCUUCCAUUGAUAUUGAUCAAAGUAGCCAUAUUUCGCCCUUUCCAAGGGAUGCUGAUGAUUUUUGAGGUGUGGAACGCCCAAAAUGCUGGUGCUUCUGCUGUUCUUGUAGCAGAUGACAUUGAAGAAGCAUUAAUAACCAUGGACUCUCCAGAAGAGGGACGUUCAUCUGCAGAAUAUAUUGAGAACAUAACUAUACCAUCUGCACUAAUUGAAAAAGGUUUCGGUGAAAAUUUAAAGAAAGCAAUCAGUGGUGGGGAUAUGGUAAAUGUGAAUCUUGAUUGGAGAGAAGCUGUUCCGCACCCGGAUGAUCGUGUGGAGUUUGAGUUAUGGACUAACACCAAUGAUGAGUGUGGGACUAAAUGUGAUAUGCUGAAGGAGUUUGUGAAAGAUUUCAAAGGUGCAGCGCAGCUUCUUGAGAAAGGUGGAUAUACUCAGUUCACACCCCAUUAUAUAACUUGGUAUUGUCCUCAGGUAUUCACUUUGAGCAAACAGUGCAAGUCCCAAUGCAUUAAUCAUGGUAGAUACUGUGCUCCUGAUCCUGACCAGGAUUUCAGCAGUGGUUAUGAAGGAAGAGAUGUGGUUCUUGAGAACUUAAGGCAGUUAUGUGUGUUUAGAGUGGCAAAUGAGACCAAAAAGCCAUGGGUUUGGUGGGACUAUGUGACUGACUUUCAAGUUAGAUGUCCCAUGAAGGAGAAGAGAUACAACAAAGAAUGUGCUGACAAUGUUAUUAAAUCUCUAGGUAAUGUUUUGCCACUGCAUUUCAUGUUAUGA